AGAAGAGAGCAGCGGAAAGGUGUUUUUGCACGGGCCGAGCUGGAUCGGGAAAGGCGCGCGGGGCCGGAGUUACUUGCCGUGUCAGGCAAGCGAAUCGAGCUGUUGGCGGACGUCAUUCUUUCAUUCCGGCGGCUUCACCCUCGCUGCUGUUGCUGCUGCUGCUCUCUCGACCGCCAUUGCUGAGCUCAUCGAUAUCGCCCGAUCACCACGGUCCUUGUUUUAGACGGUCUUGUUGUGGUUGGUUGUCCGACAUCAAGCUUGCUUCGUCCUUCUCUCGUCCUCUUCCUUCUCUAGUACUUCCGAGCGAUCCCCCCGUGACCCCACGCGCUAUCGAUUUCCUUUCCCUUUCCCUUUACGACUUUCUCUUCUCUCCUGUUUCCUUCUCCCACCACAACCUAUCUUAUUUGCCCGUCAUGAAUUGGCUCAAGUCGACUCUCGCAAGCGUCGCCGGUACGCAAGAACCGAUCUAUGGCCCGGAGGCCAUCCAGUCUGUCGCCAAGCAGGCGCAAGAGGUCCCCUAUACCGAGCUCACCAAGAACGAUCUGCGCUGGCGGGCCUACCAGUACACCAAUGUCGAAACUCAGACUUUCUACAUCAUGGCCGACAACGGCGCCCUGGUCUUCGUCCAGAUAAUUUACAGCAACAUCGUAGGCAUCCAUACGACCGCGCAGUUCAACUGCAAAAUCUUUAACGUCAAGGGAGAUGGCCCUCACGGCUGGUACUCCGAUCCCUUGUCCAACUUCAUGUUCGACGAGAGCAUGCUUGCCUUCUGGGGCGACAACAUUUCUCUAACCCUCAGCGAGGAAGGAGAUGCUUACAUCCUCAAGUCUGCCGUGAACGAAGAUUGCUUGGUUAACAUUACGUUCACCCGCAACACCCCGGGCUUCGUGAUCGGCAAGGACGGUACUUCCUACUUCGGCACGGACCCCGCGAACCCUUGGGGUUCUAUGCGCCACGCUUUCUGGCCUCGCUGCACCGUCGAGGGAAGCAUUACUACCAAGGAGCAAACCUACGACAUGAAAGGCCGGGGCAUGUUCAUUCAAGGUCUUCAGGGCAUGAAGCCUCACCAUGCUGCUGCCCGCUGGAACUUUGUCAACUUCCAGACUCCUUCGUACACCGCCGUCAUGAUGGAAUACACCACGCCGCCGUCGUACGGAUCGACCGUGGUCAAUGUUGGUGCCAUUGUCAAGGAUGGAGAGAUCGUCUACGCCGGCGUCGACAACUCAGCGACCCACACCGAGAUCACUCAGGACCCCGAAAGCGAGUGGCCUGAGCCCAAAUCCAUCAAGUGGGUGUGGGACGGCAAGUCCAAGGAUGGAAAGGAGGUUUCCGCCCAUCUGGAGGGCCCGGUCGGUAAGAGACUGGACCGUAUCGACGUGAUGGCCGAGGUUCCCGGUUUCAUCAAGUCCAUUGCAGGAAGUGUCGCUGGAACGCGGCCGUAUAUCUUCCAGUAUGCGCCGCAAGAGAAACUCACCCUCAAGGUGAAGAUUGGCGAUAACGAAGUUGCCGAGGAGGGAACCCUGUUCGCCGAGGCCACCUUCAUCUCCUGAAUGAUUCGACGUACAUAGACCACGAUUUUCGGGGACUUGUCCAUGGCGUUUUCUUUUUCUUUUGAGAUCUUCGAUAUAUUUCCUUUCCUCACAUCAUUGAUAUGCAACGCAGACCUUGACCUUUAAUAAUUACAAAUAUAAGAAAUAAUGUCACUUAUUGAAUAUACUACCUACACUUUCGCUUUUCUCUCCCUUCACUUACACACACCAGCCUUGUGUUAGUGUUGUUUCACCUGUGGCUGGUCACUCUGGUGUUAUUUCAUUCACUUUCAGCAGUCAUCACUACUCUACCUACCAACGCCAGCCACUCUACAGUCCUCAAAUAAAACCAUGCCAGCAGUCUUUCAGUCUCCUCCUCGUCCACCUUCAACUUCCGAGACACAAAAGAAUAAAACCAUUCUUUCCCCAACAGUCUUUCUAACUCUCUUUGGAUACUCCCCACCACUGAACCAAUGGACCCCAAGCUCCUCCCCAAAAUGUGUUCAGCACGUUCCCUGUUUGUUCCCAGGCGCCGACCGCAGAAGUAACCCGCUCCUCAAAUGCUCCUCUAUCCCCGGACAUCCUAGUACUAACAUCUACGCAGGAAACUACGUGACAACAUCAUGGGUAUCACACGCCCUGCAAUUCGGUACUUCAAACACUCCACGCAUCCGAGAUCAUCUCACGAUACAAUUCUAACGUCGAGUCCUUUUUCCGCUUCCAUCCGGAUAGUCGUCUUGCCCGUCGUGGAGGAAUCGUUCGCAUCAAGAAGGACGUCUACAAUGAAAUCCGGAUUGCGGUACGAGAUCGCUUGCAUGAGGUGAGUUUGACAUAUAUCUCAGACCCUCUCUAUCUUAUAUGGGACACUUGUGCAAGCGUGACCGUGAUGAGUUGUACUAAGAGCGCCAGAUCCUGAAGCAUGUAGUUCUCGUGGUGGAGUCCGGCUCGAAAAGGAACCCUCGAAAGGUCGUGAAUACGAGAGACGUGAGUCCAUCCACUCAUCUCCCGGAAUAUGGAUGCACAGAAGAGAUCUGACACUCAAGGGUACUCCUAUCAGGUCGUCUGGGCGCUCAAUCGAGUAUGUUCAUCCCUUGUCUCGGUCCUUGUCAAGUUCUUUUCACGUGGAUCUGCGCGGCAGGCUCAUGACAUUUCGAUCUGAUAUGUAGCUAUAGCUAACACGGUAUAUGUAGAUGGGAUACACACUGUAUGGUUUCGGACAUGUGUGACGAUGUCUUGAUUGUGAUUUGAAUCUUUUCAGAAUUUGUGGGUUUGCUCUUGGUGGGAUUGCCAGAGGAGUGUCGUUCAAGUAUGAGAUUUGGACUUGGUAGUGAGCAUGUCUAUGAACUCUCAUUCUUGUUGGGUUUUGU